UCGGUCACGCAGGGCGGAGCCUGCCCCCAUACAGCGGUGGAGAAAUUGAUGCCCCUCAAAGCGGGGCUGGACGGUGCAUGUGUGUGCAUGUCCGACUGGAGAGGGCUGGCUGGCUGAGGCUGUAAUUCGAGUCCCUCUUCAGUGGCCUUGUUCUCUUAUUUGGGUUAUAAUAAACCGACUGUUUCCAACAUCUGUCUUCACCAACUGGAAUGCACAUCUGUAACUUUGUCAAGUAGAGGAAUGUUCCUGCUGCUCCAGCCUUAGCCUGCACUGGCCAGUCUGCAGAGAUGGGUUCAGAGGAGCGCAGUCCGGCCAUGUCGCAGAAGAUAUCCUCCGUGUCACGCAGCAACAGCAGCGCCUCAUCCAAACUUGACAGCCGACAGGACAGCUGGGAAAUAGUGGAGGGCCUGCGGGGAGGCUUCAGCAAUGUCCUGGAGCCCCAGAAACAGGAGGGCUUCAUGCUGAAGAGGAGAAAGUGGCCCAUGAAGGGCUGGCAUAAGAGAUACUUCUUCCUGGACAAGGGCAUCUUGAAGUAUGGCAAGUGCAGUGCUGAUAUUGAGAAAAGGAAACUGCAUGGCUGCAUUGACGUUGGUCUCUCUGUCAUGGCCAUUAAGAAGAAAGCCAAGUGCAUCGAUUUUGAUGCUGAGGAAAACAUCUAUCACCUGAAGAUUAAAUCACAGGAACUGUUUGAUGAAUGGGUUUCCAAGCUGCGUCACCAUCGGCUCUAUCGGCAAAAUGAGAUUGCUAUGUACCCUACUGAGAAGUGCUUCUACUAUCCCCAUUACCCUUCCCCCAAUUCCCCUAGCACAGCGAAGAGUGCCUCUAUCAGAAAGUGCAUGUCUAUACGAAGGCAGUCUACAGUGCAUUCUGCAGGAGACUUCCCUUUAAGUUGCAACAGCCAGGCCAAAGUAGCUGCCUGGCUCCAGUCAUCUGACGACAUGGACAAGUGCUCCAAAGACUUAUCAGUCUGUGAGGUCUACCUGCUGGAGCUCAGCCACCUGCUUCAGAGUAUGGAGGUCCUGCACCGAACCUAUUCUGCUCCAUCUAUCCAAGCACUGCAGGGGUCUACAUUUGACAGCCCCAAGAAGGAAAAGAGACUACCAAGGAUAUGGCGCCCUAAAAACAACAACAAAGAUGUCAAAACAACUCUGCAGGUACCGAGCUGCAUCUCCUCUGGCUCUACCCGCCUCCAUGCCUCUAACCCCAACCUCUCCACCGCUGCACUCGCCAAUGACAAGGCCGACACCGAAUCCCUGGACUCCACUUUGGAUGUGGCCAAGCUGCAGGAGGACUUCUGCCGUGUUGCCACCAACUUGCACGCGACCAUGAAGACAGCCCUGAGUUCCCUAACAUCUGAGAGAGAGAGAUUAAAACAAUGUGUCGACCACGAAACAAUCCCCCCGACCUCACCACAGGUUGUCGGUUUGAAGAACACACUGGCAGCGGCUUUAGCCCAGAACACUGAGCUGAGAGAGCGCCUGUGCAAGAUUCAUGCCGAGUCCCACAUCGUAGAGCCCACACUAAUACAUCUCACUUCCCCUGUGCAGAAACAGGACUCUGUCGAUGAAGCCCCUCCCCUCGUACACCAAGUAUCCAAUGAGAGCAGAGCUUCAAUCACAGAGUCUUUGUCCGAGUUCUUCGAUGCACAAGAAGUUUUACUGUCUGCUAGUUCCUCUGAAAAUGAGAUAUCAGAGGAUGACUCAUACAUCAGUGACAUCAGUGACAACAUUUCCAUGGACAACUUCAGCAAUGAGACAGAAAGUGAGAGACCAAACUCAGACUCUACCCUUUAUCAGCGUAGAUCCUGCUUGCCCUCGCCCAGCCCCAACAACAGCACCAUCAGCCUGUGGAACAUCCUUAGGAAUAACAUCGGCAAAGACCUGUCCAAAGUGGCGAUGCCUGUACAACUUAAUGAGCCGCUCAACACCCUGCAGAGACUGUGUGAGGAGCUGGAGUACAGUGAGCUGCUAGACAGGGCUGCUAACACACAGGACCCUUUUCAACGUAUGGUGUACAUAGCUACUUUCGUUGUAUCAGGUUAUGCAUCCAGCUACUACAGAACUGGGGGGAAGCCUUUCAACCCCCUCCUAGGGGAGACAUACGAAUGUGACAGGCCAGAUAAAGGCUUGCGGUUUGUUGCAGAGCAGGUCAGCCAUCACCCACCGAUCUCAGCUUGCCACGCAGAGUCUAAAAACUUCAUAUUCUGUCAAGAUGUGAGGUGUAAGAACAAGUUCUGGGGGAAGUCAAUGGAGAUUGUUCCUGUUGGUACCACUCAUGUAACUCUGCCGGGCUUUGGUGACCACUACGAGUGGAACAAAGUGACAUCUUGCAUCCACAACAUUCUCAGUGGACAGCGCUGGAUUGAGCACUAUGGGGAGAUCUCCAUCAGAAACUCCAGCAGUGAUAUUUGUCAGUGCAAGAUCACUUUUGUUAAGGCCAAAUACUGGAAUUCAAGUGUGAAUGAGGUGGAGGGGGCCAUCACAGACAAUAAAGGGAAGGUCGUCCACAGACUCUUUGGAAAGUGGCAGGAAGCAGUUUUCUGUGGAGACCCACCCUCAGCCACAUGCAUCUGGAGAGCAAAUGCAAUGCCAGUAGACCUUGAGCAGUACUACGGUUUCACCAAGUUUGCUAUUGAACUAAACGAGCUGGACCCAUCCCUGAAACUGCUGCUACCAUCCACAGACACCCGACUACGUGUGGACCAAAGACUGCUGGAGGAGGGGAACUUGGAGGCUGCAGAGGAGCAGAAGCAGCGGAUUGAACAGCUGCAGAGAGAGAGAAGGAGAGUCCUGGAGGAGAACAACGUAACACAUCAACCUAAAUUCUUCAGAAAGUCAAAGGAUGAUACCUGGGUGAGCAACAACACAUACUGGGAGCUGAGGAAGGACCCUGGCUUCACCCAAAUAGAUUGUCCUAUGCUUUGGUGACCCCUGAACUGCAGAUCACGCACAUUUUGACCUGCACAGCCUUUACUGCGAUCCAGGCUGGGUUCUAGUGAUGUCUGUAUCUUACCAUCCGCAUAUAGUGCUGGUCUUCUUUACUGCAGUUCAUCAAAGUCAUUGCCUUAAUAGCAAGUGCUUAUGGAAGUUAUGUAAACAUGUUUAUGCAAACAUAUUAUGAGAAUGUUGAUUCAUUUGGCAAUGUUGCCCAUAUUUCCACCUGAUAUGGUACACUGUACCACUUAAACUGAGAAAAGAAAAACUACUUGGUAUAAAGAAUGACUAAUCUUAACUGGUCUACACUAGCUUAAAAUGUAUUGAACAACCUGGUCACUUUCGCUGUUGUCUUAUCAUGGACAUUCUCUACCUCUGAGAUAAACUAGCCUUGAUAUGCCAUCGAUGAAGUGUAUACACAUCCGAUAUUUAUUCUGCACCUGCCUGAUGCCUUACUUGUUGUACUUUAGGUUAUUUUAUUGUUGUUGCAUCUCUGAGAUCUUUUUAAAUAAUGUAUGUUUUGUAAGGACCAAACAAGAAUUGUUCAAAUGAUAUUUGAAUCCUUACGAAACUUUUGUUUCUGUCUCAGAGCAGUAAUUUCUGCUUUUUGCUAAGAGUGUGUGAGUGAUUGUGCAACUAUGAGCAGCAGUCACAACCAUUUUUCACCAUUGUCUACUUGGACCCUGGGCUUUGGGACAAAAAGUGUCCAAAAUGAUGCUCCGUGAGCUCAAAUAAAAUCUCUGAUGCUUUC